AUGUUAUCCAUUAAUCAUAAUCCUUUGUUUGUCUUGAUGAUUGUCAAUUUUACUGGAUUAAUCUAUUCAAUUGCCAUCGAUGAUUAUAGAUGUAAAGUACCGUCAUGCAGAAAUUUUCAUUAUGGUUUAAUGCACCAUCCAAAACGCGAUAGUUUUGUUGAACAAUGUUUUAAUACGGUAGCGACUAUUCAACAGAUACCAUACACAUAUGGAAAAUGUGUCCGAAGUAAUGGUGACUUUAAUAAAGGGUGCAUACAUGCAUUGGUUAGAGCCAUCAAAGAUUGUAUGGAAGUAUUACGUGAAUUACCCGACAAACAAAAUCAAUUUUAUUGUGGUUAUACAAUAAUGAAAUAUUGUUAUGAAGAUGUUGGACUUGAACGAAAACAUUUAGUGAAAUUUAAUUCAUCAUUAAACAAGAAAUCGUCUUAA